UUCCUGCAUUGACUGUGCAGCCAAAUCCAAGGCGCUUUGCGGGACUCCAGAGGCGAACAUGGGCUGCAGUUUGACCACCGCCUGCCUAAAGACACUUAAGAAUUAAAAUGUGUGAGAGAUCCCUGCUGAAGGUGGAACAAUGUGUCGGUUUCUCUGAAGAAUUCCCUCAUCCCCAUCCGACUCCCUGCUAGAAAAGUUAAGAGAAAGAAAGAAGAGAGAGAGAGAGAGAGAGAGAGACGGAAACUUUCAGUCCUUAGAUCCUUUGAGCGAUUCCAAGGAAUCCAAUCAGGGAGUUUCAUGCUUAAUAUUUCUCCUCUAAGGUCCAGGCUGUAAGGGGAGCAGAAGGUCUCUGAGCUCCAAUGCCAGUGGACAUGCAGCCACAUCAGGGGCUGUAUUACUAUGAGACCUCACCCAGCCAGCCCUCCAGAGGACUCGUCCCGUCGGACCAGUCUCCCUACAGCGACGUGUCUCCACUUCGAGCCCCUCUCCUCGAUGGCUCUCCUCAGGACUGCCACUCCAUGUACAAUCCCAUGUCUACCAGCAUGACUCAUGGAUCAGGUCCAGUUCAGGGAAACAGCCACUGCUUGGAUCAAUAUAUGAGGCCCCCACAGGCCCCCCCACCGCACAGUAUGAUGGGCCACAGGGGCAUGCCUCCCACAGAGGGCAGCAUCAGCACCCCCUACUGUAACCAGAAUAACAUGAUGUCAUCGCAUCCAAACUUCUGCCAAGUUCAGCCCAGCUCUGAGCAGAUCGGCUCGGGUGAUGGCUCACGGUUCUCCACUCCUCGCUCCAUGUUGAAGUUGAGUAAAAAGAGAGCUCUGUCCAUCUCACCUCUAUCUGAUGCCAGUUUGGACCUGCAGACCGUCAUUCGGACUUCGCCCAACUCACUGGUGGCCUUCGUUAACUCUCGCUGUAACCCCAACGGAGCUAGCUCCUAUGGUCAUUUGUCAGUCAGCGCCAUGAGUCCAUCUCUGAGUUAUUCCAGCAAAGUGAACUGCCACUCCAGACAGGGAUCCAUCUACGGGGGAAACGGGGGAACACCUCUGGGUGUUCACACACCAGGUCCCUGCCAGGCUUCUCGUUUACCUCCCCACAAUCCAAGACUCCUCGCCCCGCCAAAGCAUGGACACUUGAAAACAGAGCCAGGUCUGAUAGGCAUGAUGGACGGCAUAAAUGUGAAGAACUUGGAGGAAAGGUCGGAGGGAGAUGUAGCCAGUCCUUCUUCCACCGGCACUCAGCAGGAUCAUCUGAUCGGCCUAUUGGAUGGCAGAGACGACUUGGACAAGGAGGACGGGAAGCCAGAGCCAGAGGCCAUCUAUGAGACCAACUGUCGCUGGGAGAGCUGCAACAAGGAGUUUGACACUCAAGACCAGCUUGUUCAUCACAUCAAUAAUGAGCACAUCCAUGGAGAGAAAAAAGAGUUUGUCUGUCACUGGCAGGAGUGCUCUCGAGAGCAGAGGCCUUUCAAAGCCCAGUACAUGCUUGUGGUUCACAUGCGCAGACACACAGGAGAGAAGCCACACAAGUGCACUUUUGAAGGCUGUAAUAAGGCCUACUCUCGCCUGGAGAAUUUGAAGACCCACUUACGCUCUCACACAGGGGAGAAACCAUAUGUAUGUGAGCACGAGGGCUGCAAUAAAGCCUUUUCCAACGCUUCAGACCGGGCAAAGCACCAGAACCGAACUCAUUCCAAUGAGAAACCUUAUGUUUGUAAGAUCCCUGGUUGCACUAAAAGAUACACGGAUCCAAGCUCAUUGCGAAAGCAUGUUAAGACGGUACAUGGCCCAGAGGCCCACAUUACUAAGAAGCAUCGUGGAGACACAGGCCCUCGACCCCCUGGCUCAACUCUGACCUCUGGAGGCCAAACAUCUGAGCUGUUGCAUGAAAAAGAGGAAACAUGCAGGGAAGACUGCAAACUGUUAGCGCCUGAGACUGCUCUGAAAUCUCAGCCGAGUCCUGGGGCUCAGUCAUCUUGUAGCAGCGAACGCUCUCCACUGGGGAGCACCAACAACAACGACAGCGGUGUUGAAAUGAACCUGAAUGCAGCGGGAAGCUUGGAUGAUCUUACAGCUUUAGAAGAUGGAGGUGGAGGCGGGGGAGGAGGGGAGCCAGGAACAAUGGGAAUGUCAGCACAGGCUCUAAAGCGGCUGGAGAACCUGAAGAUUGACAAGCUAAAACAAAUUCGAAGGCCGACCCCUCCUGGACGUUGUGCAAGCAACAAGCUUCCUGCCAUUCCUGGUUCAGGGGAGAAUAUGGGAAUGUGUGCACCUUCUCCACUUAACCGACGAGUGAUGGAGUUGUCCAACCAUGAGAUCGGUGUGGGAAACAUAGCAAACUCCAUGAAUGACAGGAGAGGAAGUGGCACAAGCAGUCUAAGCUCAGCGUACACAGUCAGCCGUCGCUCCUCUAUGGCAUCCCCUUACCUAUCCAGUAGACGCUCCAGCGACGUCUCACAAAUGGGAGGGGCAGCAGGGGGCGGAUGUCACCUCCUCAGUCCAGAACAAGCUGUGAGUGACCCUCUCUCACCCGAAACCUAUCGCAGAGGAGCUCCAUGUCCUGGAGGUGGAGGAUUACCAGGUCUCCCCAACUUAACACCUGCUCAGCACUACAACCUAAAGGCCAAAUAUGCUGCAGCUACUGGUGGACCCCCACCCACUCCUUUACCUAAUAUGGAGCAGCCUGGAACAACAGUUAGAAGAGGAGGACCUUUGAGUGAGUACCAGGGGCAGCCCUUACCCCCUUUCCUGCAGCAAGGAGGUCCUCGGCGUCACAGUGCCAACACAGAAUAUGGGACUGGAGUUAUCUACCCUCACCAAGCUCCAGGUAACAACACCAGGCGGGCUAGUGACCCGGUCCGAUCAGUCGCAGACCCCCAAGCUCCACCUAAACGCUUUAACAGCCUCAAUAACGUGGCAAUGAUGGGUCGCAGAAAUGCACUACAACUUCGUAGCUCUGACAGCAGUCUUUCCCGCCACAUGUACUCUCCUCGGCCACCUAGCAUCACAGAAAACGUAAUGAUGGAAGCUAUAGGUAUGGAGCCCCAUCUCAACACUGGCAAUACCAGGGAUCGUUCCAUGAUGAUGACUUCUGCAGAGAGAAAUUUGAUGGGUUACCAGCAACAGAAUCAGACAAUGGUAGGUGGAGGUCCGCUUUCAAAUCAGCUGUCCCCGAGCAUUGACUCUCUGGCUUGCCCAGACCCCGGUUACAUGCAAAGACAAUACCAAGGACAUGGAGAGGUCCUUCCCAGAGCUAGUGGGAAUCCAUUAGGACAAGUGAGACCUACACCACAAGAUGGAAUGUCAAAUACACUUCUCCAACAGGCUGAGUAUUGUAUGAGCACCUGCCAGCUGAGUCCUUCAGGCCUGCAUUACCGAGGCGUAGGUCAGGGCAGCGACAGUGGAGGUCCAUGGAGUGACAACCAAAUCCAAUCUUCAAGCCAUGCAAGUCAGAACCAGCAAUCAGUGCAGUACUCAGAUUCCAGUCUGCAGCCUCAACACACCCAAGCUCACUUCAACAAUCAGACAACUCUCUAUAACAAUCCCGAUGGCACUCCUAAACCUUUCAUCAAGCCCGAGCAGCAGUUUCACUCUGGUAUGGGUGGUGGAGAUGCCUGUCAGAGUGCUAAACUCCGACAGCAACAAAACCUCUUGCAGCAAACACAGGCUUACCCCCAACAGAGUAGCCAAGUCAUCAUGAGGAACUCUAGCCAUCCCAGCUGUGACUUUCAAGGGCAGAACCCAAAUUCAUAUGCCAGUGGAGGGGGCUUAAGUUUGGGCUGUGCUGGUUCAGCGCUUUCAGAGGGCCAAAGGUCAGAAACCCCAAUGAUGCAGGUCAAGGAAAUAAUGGUGAGAAAUUAUGUUCAAUCCCAGCAAGCCCUCAUGUGGGAGCAGCAACAAGAACAAGAGCAACAGAAUGGUAUGAAGCCACCUUCUCUCUCUGACAACAUGGGCUUGAGUGCUCAAACAGCAAUGAUGCAGCGCAGUCCAGAGCACCAAAAUCAGAACCCAUAUUCCAACCAGAUGUAUCCCUCUUAUCCAGAACGUAAUCUGGUCAUGAGCCCUGCUGCCCAGAGCCGAGGAUCAGCUUCUGGUACACCUAAAGAUCCGCACCUGACAGGUUUCCAAGGUACAUGCUAUAAUCAGGAAAUGGUGGUACCCAGGCCUCCUCAGGGUCGUAAGCCUCUUAGCCGCCAGAAUAGCCUGCCACAGGUAGGUGGAGGUUACCUUGGCAGCGCCCCCCACCUCAGUCCUGUCCACUCCACUUCCAGCCCAAGACGAGGGGUGCGACUUCCACCGGUCCAGCAUUCCCAGCACCCCCAAAAUGAAAUGUUUUCUCCCUCAAAUAAUAACAACAACAACAUGUAUUACACGGGUCAGAUAAAUCUGCAAAUGGAGAAACAGCGGGACCUCCAGAACGGCCCUUGCCAUAACCAGGCAAACAAUAUGGGGCCAAACAUGGACCCAGUAGGUGACACAAAAUCUGCCCCUAUGGCCCCCUAUCCGGAGUCUAGUCCUAUCUCAAAUGCAUUAGAAAAUCUGGACCUGGAGAAUGCUCGCAUUGACUUUACCUCCAUCAUCGAUGAAGCUGAUUCUUCCUCGUUUAGUCCAGUCAACAAUCCCCUUCAGGGUAAUCCAGGAUCUUCCUCACAGGCUUCUUCCCGCCUCACCACCCCACAGACUUCAGUCAGCCUGGCUCCAGGAAAUGGCCUGUCCAACAUGGCUGUGGGUGACAUGACCUCCAUGCUAACCUCACUGGCUGGGGAAAAUAAGUACCUGAACACUCUGUCUUAGAGAACUCUUGGGCAGCUCAGCGUGUACUAGCUAAAGACAAGCAAUAAACACUGGCCUUGGCCCUGCAUGUGUUUUAAAGAUGAAUUCUGUCACUUUGAGAGAUUUAGAGUAAAGGUUUAGCCAGACCAGAACAACUUUAAAGUGGAGCACAUCAUAAGAUGUUUCAAAUAUUAAAAUGAUAUAAACUGCCUGUAUCUUUAAAACCAGCUGUAGCUCACUAAAAGGAAUAAAAAAAAAUGAAAUCACAUAUAAAAAAAUAUGCAAGUCACCAUCAGAAACCUUAAACCAAAGGUGCCAGCUUGUUCUUCAUUUAUGAUUUUUCCCAUGCUGCCUUGGUACGGUUCUUCUGUGCCUUAGUGUAAGACAAGAACCUGUUUUUUGAUCUGAACAUAUGAUGCUGAACAGUUUUUUUAUCAAUCAAAAAGGGCUAUGGCAACAGUGGAACCAGGAAGGAUUUAUGUAAAUAUGUUUUAUAUAUAUAUAUAUAAAAAAUGUGUAUACGACAAUGAGACAUUGAAUGGUUGUCUUUUGAUAGUUUGCCUUAUAGUUUGCUUGAAGCUCAAUGUCCAGGGGUUAGUAUUUUUGCUUUGUUUGAAGAGACGAGAAAGCUAUGCUUUUAGUGACUGAGAAAAGUUUCUCUGGCCUAGUAAAUCUUCUGUGUUACUCUUGAUUUCCUCCUUUAUAGUACCAGCACAAUCUGUACCAGCAGCAUAUCAGUAUUUCUGCAGAUGCACCAAUGCAGAGCAAUCACAUGUAUUGUAACCCUGCACAUGUUCCUACACAGACACUCAGGACUGUUUUGAAUUGUUGGUGUUCACAUAACAUGUACAUUAAAAUUACCAGACAGAGAGUUUGCACUCCACAUGUUUACCUUAAGUGUUUCUAAAGCAGCUACUACUAUUGUUUUUAUUUCUACCAGAAUGUGUGUACUCCUUUUGAGGUGCAUAUUAUGAGCAAAGCUCAAGCAUAAUACAUUUAUUUGUUUAUUGGCACCCUUCUGAAAUAUGUUUAAAGAGCUUUAAUAUAGGCCCAUUUUUAUUGCAGUAGCUUAGUCUUGCACUAAAAAAAUCCUCUCUUAAGAGUUAUUAUUUAAAGCUUUUUUCAUUGUAAUAACCUAAAAAAGAAAUGGAUCAGCAUCUUUCUCAAUGUUGCACAGAUGGAAUAAAACCAACCAUAAAUAAAAGGAGAGAUUAUGAAAUAAAGUUAAAGACAUUACUCAUGGUAUUACUUUGGAUAGAAGGGUCAAUGGUGCUCAGGUUUCAUUGUCUCUGAACCAGAUGGCGUCUUAGCCACAGCUAAUGGGUCAAAGUUGAAACGACACUCAAACCAAUUUGAUAUGACAAAAGAUUUUUGUUACCUGUCAGUGCAUUACGCUACUAAAGGAUCCUUUAAAUGCAUUUAAAUUUAGGUGCAAUAUGUUUAAUGCAUUUCUGUCACGUUCUGUUUAAUCUGAUCAGAGAUUGCUUCAAGUUUAGGUUGAUGAACAGCAAAUCUUCCAAAUGUUAUUGGGUCUUCAUCUUUGCAUUUAAAUCAGUGGUGUGCCUACAUAAUCAAACUGACACAACAUGUUUUAUUUGCUAAAUUCUGCUACUGUAUUUGUCCAUCUGCCAUUUUCAUACCUGUGUUGGUUAAUGUCGCUCUUUCAUAAUAGUUAUGAGACCUUUCCACCGCCUCUACCUUAACUAUCCAUAGUAAUGCUGAUUUCUCAAAAGAUUAGGGCUGCACACUGAUUGAGCCUUUGCAAGGGACUGAAGCCAACUACCAGCAGAAGAAAUUACAAAGUAAAAGCUUCUUAGCAAAGUUAAACUUGGGAAAAUAAUAAUACAAAUACUUUUUAAAGAUAAUAUUGUUUUUAUAAUCAGUUCUAGCAAAAGUUAGAAUUGAAAAAUGAACAGACCUGCUUAGAACAGGCUGUUUAUUUUGUCUUUGUUGUCUCGUUUACACAUCUAACUGCACGUUUCUGUCAUAUCAUAUUUACUUGAAUGAAAACGGAACAAUCAUGCAACAUUAAACAGGAAUCCCCAGCCUCUGUGGUCGUCUUUAAAAAGAGCAGCACACAAAAUGUUAUUUUAAAGUGUACCAUCAAUUGGCUUUGAUGAAUAAAUAUAAUUUUUCAGUAUGAGAUUUUGCUACUGCAAUAAAAGAAGCAAGUAUUCUAAGCUUUUUACAUGUUUCUUUUUCCAAUAAAUAUGGCCAGCGAUGUAAGUAGGAACACUGAUGCACAUAUAUUUAAACACAUUGCAUUUUCUCUACAUCAACUUAACCACCAGCUCACACAGUACUCAGCUGAAGGUGAUGGGUAGCGAGGAUACAGAAUUCACGCGUAAUCGUUUCCUGUAUUUUAGAACCUGAGGUACAUUCAUAGGACUACUGCACUUUGGCUGUAAUCCCAAAAAA